AUGUCAAACUUCAUUCAAAAGGAAAGAGCUCAGACCUCAAUCAACAUUGACAAGAUCAAUGCCUUCUUAGAUCCUAACCAUGAAAAAACUGAAAAAUUAUUCAGAGAGAUUGUUAAUGAUCCAAUCUUGUCAACCCCAAAAAAUUUCUAUGAUCUAACUAAAGCUCAACAAAGAGAAUUAUCAGCUAGAAAAAUUGAAAGAUUAUCCGCCUAUAUUGACAAUGAAGACUUUGAUGAAUUUGAAGAAAGAAUGGUUUUAUUAUCAAUUGCUGAUCCGGCCGUUGCAACUAGAUUGGCCAUCAAUAUCCAUCUUUUCGGUAAUGCAAUUAAAGGUAACGGUACUGAUGACCAAAUCAAAUAUUGGUUAUAUGAAAGAGGUACCUUGAAAUUGAGAGAUAUCUAUGGUUGUUUUGCUAUGACUGAAUUAGGACAUGGUUCAAAUGUUGCCCAAAUGCAAACUAGAGCAACUUACAAUCCAGACCGUCAAACUUUUACCAUCAAUACCCCAGAUUUAAAAGCGACAAAAUGGUGGAUUGGUGGUGCUGCUCAUUCAUCAAACCAUGCGGUUGUUUAUGCUAGAUUAAUUUCAAAAGGGGAAGAUUAUGGUGUUAAACCUUUUGUUGUUCAAUUGAGAGAUAAAAAUUUCAAUCUUUUACCAGGUGUUUCCAUUGGUGAUAUUGGUUCGAAGAUGGGUAGAGAAGCUAUUGAUAAUGGUUGGAUUCAAUUCCAUAACGUUGAAAUUCCAAGAGAAUAUUUGUUGCAAAAAUUCACAAAGAUUGAUGCUGAUGGUACUGUCCAUUUAACACCAUUGGAACAAUUGAGUUAUAGUGCUUUAUUACAAGGUCGUGUUACUAUGGUUUUGGAUUCUUUUAGACAAGGUGCAAGAUUUAUUACUAUUUCCCUAAGAUAUGCCAUUGGUAGACAACAGUUUGGUACUCCACAAGAAGAAAAUCAAAUUAUCAACUACUCUUUACAUCAAUAUCGUUUAGUUCCUUAUUUAGCUUUGGUUUAUCUCUUAGGUCCAGCAUCGCAAAGAGUUAUUGCUGAUUAUAAUAGAAUCUUGGGUGAAUUGUAUGCUGGAAAAGAUAUCAAAAAGACCAUUUUCGAUUUGAAGAAUCUUUUCGUCAGUUCAGCUUCUUUGAAAAGUUCAAACACUUGGUUAACUUCCCAAUUGAUUGAUGAAUCAAGACAAGCAUGUGGUGGUCAUGGUUAUCAUGCCUAUUCAGGUCUUGGUCGUGGUUUCGUUGACUGGUCGGUCCAACAAACUUGGGAAGGUGAUAAUAACGUUUUAGCUAUUAAUGCUGGUAGAUCAAUCAUUAAAUACUAUCAAGCUGGUCAAAAAGGUGCCAAGUUGGGUGUUGAUUUCUUGUACUUGACUCAAAAAUUUGACAAGAACUUGAAGUCUGAUGAUUUGAAAUCAUUAAUUGAUAUUUGGUCAGUUUUAAUUAUCAAAGUUGCUCAACAUGCUUUAUUAAUUUAUAACGGUGAUUGGGAAUCAGUUUCACAAGAACGUUUAUUGUUAUCUAAGGCACAUUCCCACCGUUACUUGUUGGAAACUUUUUACAACCGUUUACAAUCUGGUGAUGUCUCUGGUGAAGAAAAGACUGUUUUGAAAUCAAUUUACCAAUUGUACUCUUAUUACUUCAUUGAUAAGUUUGCUGGCUCAUUCUUACAAUUUGAUGUUUUGGAUUCAUCAAGAUUAACUCACAUUCAAGCUGAAAUCAAGAGAAUCUUGGGAGACUUGAGACCACACUUAGUUGGUUUAACUGAUGCUUUCAAAUAUCCAGAUGAGAUUAUCAACUCUUCAUUAGGUGGUUAUAAUGGUGAUUUCUACAACAACUAUUUCACAGAUGUUACUAACAACAAUGGUAAAGGUGAUAAAGCUCCAUAUCUAAGCAUUUUAACUGAUACUUUAACAAGAGCUUCAAAAGAUGAAUUAUUAUCAAACUCGAGAUCGAAAAGUACAUUAUCAAAACUUGGGGAAUAA